AUGGAGCUCGAGAUCUCUCACUAUCGACCUUCGACAUCCCUGAUCUUCAUCCUUCUCGGGACCCUUGUCUCGAUCUGGAUCGUGAGGAUAUACAGAUACAGAGCUUCUUACCACAGCGUCCAUGGCUCCCUCAAAGCACCUCCCUUCAGCAUGUGGCUCGGCAGUAUGCCCGCCACAGGAGACAUCUACAAGAACAGCCCCAUGAACACGCACCCCAUGUGCACCAUGACCCUCCUCUCCCGCAAGCACAACCUAGACGGCAUCUACUACCUCGACACCUGGCCCAUCUCCGACAUGCGUCAACUCUGCGUCACCGAUCCGGAAGUAGCCGCCCAAGCAGUACAAAAGUUCAACCUCCCAAAAUACCACAUCUACCCCCAAAUGAUAUCCCACAUCACAGGCAAAACAAGCAUGCUCCUCCUCCACGGCUCCGCCUGGAAGAGAACCCGCGCCCCAUUCAACCCCGGCUUCAGCGCCGCCCAUCUCACGACCCUAAUCCCCAUGAUCGUCGACGAUUGUUUAAUCUUCCACUCCACGCUCAGCUCCCUCGCUGGCACAGGAGAACUGACGCAGAUCGAGGACCCGUUAACCAGACUCACGAUCGAUAUCAUGGGUCACGUUAUCAUGGACCACGAUCUCAACAGCCAAAUCAGCGAGAAUGAACUAGUGAACUCCUUCAGAGCAGCGGUGGAGCAUACACCGAACGCGAUGCUGGUUAACCCUAUCUUGAACUGGGAUCCGAACCGGAUGUUCUGGCACUGGUACUGUUCACGCAAGAUGAACAAUUACCUGAAGAAAGUGCUGCAAGACAGGAUGAAGCUGCGCGCGGAGGGGACUGUGGAGCUUAAGCGGAAACCGGCCAUCGAUUUGGCGAUCGAUGAGUAUGGUGGGGAGAAAGUCGACGAGGAGUUUAUGCAAGUGGCUAUUGACCAGAUGAAGACGUUCCUGUUUGCCGGGCACGAUACGUCUAAACACGACGAGGUUUUCGGGGACAUUGGAUCUACGGCUGAGAAACUGAAAACCGAUUCUAAACUCUUGAACGAGCUUCCCUACACCACAGCAGUCAUCAAAGAAACCCUCCGCCUCUACACCCCCGCCUCCACCGCGCGCCAAGGCUCCCCCGGCCUGACACUAACUUACAACGGCACCACGCACCCAACAGCCAACACCAUGGUCUGGAUAAACAACCACACCAUGCACCGCUCCGCCUCCCUCUUUCCGCUCUCCGACUCCUUUCUCCCCGCUCGCUUCCUCCCUCCCUCCCAUCCAUCCUUCCAUUUAUCCCCUCAAUCCUCUAUCCCAAAAGACGCCUACCGAGCCUUCGAAAAAGGACCGCGCGCUUGCAUCGGCCAAGAACUCGCUAUGCUGGAAAUGAAGAUCAUCAUGGCUCUCACGAUCCGGGAAUUUGACAUCACCGCUUGCUACGAGGAAUGGGACAGGAAGCUAGGACGAGAGAAGCCGGGGGAGAUGUUGGAUGGGAAGAGGGGCAUGUUUGGACAUAGGGCGUUUCAGGAGAUGAAGGCUACUGCGAAGCCGGUGGAUGGGAUGCCUGUUAGGGUUUCUCUUGCGGGUAGUCACAAGGUAUAGAUAGAUUAGCGGUAG